CUAUUUCUCCUGGAGAGUUGUGUUUGGGAUGAACCAACUAACACAGAUGGGGAAAAAGGCUCAGAUCCGGACUAUAAAACAAAAGAUUCAGCAUGAGAACUACGAUCCUAAAAAAGAACGCAAUGACAUCGCCCUGCUCAAGUUGAAUAAGCAGAUCAAAUAUAAUGAUUACAUUCAGCCAGCGUGUCUCCCUGCCAAAGAAGCGAUUCUGAGUAAAAUGGACGACUGCUUCAUCGCAGGCUGGGGUGUCCUCAAACACGGAUCCUCUAAAUCAUCGGACGUCCUCCAGGAGGCUCCUGUGAAUCUGAUUCCGCUGGAACGCUGCAACCGCCCGACCUGGUAUAACGGAGCUUUGCGUGACUACAACCUCUGUGCAGGAUAUGAACAGGGAGGUAUCGAUUCCUGCCAGGGUGACAGUGGAGGGCCUCUGAUGUGCAAAAGGCACAAAGCCAAGUUUUACAUGGUGGUCGGCAUCACCAGCUGGGGUCACGGCUGUGCCCGGAAGCAAAAACCUGGAGUUUACACCUCGACCCAGUUCUACCUCGAGUGGAUCUUUCAACAUCUCACCCAGGAGAAGAAACCUGGUUAAAAUUAGCCAAAAGACUUGGCAAAGCUAGCAUGAAGACCCAUUGAUUCUAGGGUGCUCCAGAAAUCAAAGAAUCCAUCGCAUCUGGGCCAUCUCCUAACGGGAGAGAAUAAGAACAUGCCAGCAAUAUUUAGGCUUGAUUCUGUAGAUUAGUGAACC